AUGGACAAGCUGAGAAGAGCUCUCACUAUUGAUGGUCUGACAUUUUCUGUGGAGAUUGCUUCUGAUGAUGAUCCACUCAUAGAGCCUCAUGAAGAUAUUACUGCUGGGUAUGUCAAAGAGUUGGAUACUGCUGAGAAAGUGAGCAAGCAAGCUGCUAAGCUUGAAGAUUGGAGUGGAGAUCAUCUAAUCAGUACUAGAUACCAUGAUGUGGUUCUGAUCCAUGAAAAGUCGCUGGUAGAUGAUGUUUUUGUGAUGGAAACACGGAUUGCUGAGAAAGGUCUCAGCUUUCUUGCGAGUCCAGUGGGUGAACCUAAGCGUUUGCAUCCGGAUACGGAAUUGGUGACUAAUUUUGGGGAGGCAAAAAUCUUUAUAGAGGUUAAUCUAAUGCAAGAGCUUCCAAAAACGUACUUCUUUACAGUUCGUGGGGAAGAAGUUUGUGUGCAGUAUGAAUACCCUUGGUUGCCUCAUCGCUGUAGCUUCUGCAAACGGUGGGGGCACUCUGAUGAUGGUUGUUUAGUGAAGUUAGUCAAAUCAAAUGUCCUCUUUAGCUCGCAGUCAACGGGCAUGCCAGCUCUUCCCUCUGCUCAGGUAGUUUCACCUGCUGCAACAGUGCCUACACCUGCGUCGGCAACUACGACCCUUUCUAAUUUACCGGUGGCGGAGACUGCUGCUGUGAAUCCUCCUGUUGUCUAUGAGGGAACAGGGGGAACCUCCAAUGAAGGGGAUUGGACUGCAGUUACACAUUCGGGAGGAAAGAAUUCAAAAAAUUUGCAGAAGCAACUGGUGUUUGGUCAAGUUCGUAUUGCUUCUCCAACACAGACUGGGAAAGAGACGGUUCUAGCGACUGUCCGAAAGCCAUUGAAUUCAAAGGACCAGGUUGCUCUUUGUGUACAACAGCCUCGCAAUUCCAAGAAUGCUCAUAAAUUCCUCUCUGAUUCUUCUCAACAAGCUACGGAAACCAAAGUUCAGGAGACAAAUGUUAGUCGGGUGUUGGGGAGAACAUUUGGUGACUGGAAUUUGGUGUCAAAUUAUGAAUUCAGUAGGCUUGGCAGAGUCUGGGUUCUUGGGAGCCGUCAAACAACACUUCAGGUUGUAUUCAAGAGUGGACAGUUGAUAACGUGUUCUGUAAAGCUUGGAGGAGGAACUGAGGAGUUUUGGUGUUCUUUUAUUUAUGCAUGUAAUACAGUAGAGGAACGCAAAGAGCGUUGGCGUGACAUUCAGCAACAACACGAUUUAGCUUCUCUUCGUGGUAAACCAUGGAUUUUGAUGGGUGAUUUCAAUGAAACGCUUGAUAUUGACGAACACUCAAACUCUUUGGUUACGCCAAUGGUCACUUUGGGGAUGCGUGAUUUCCAUGACACUCAGAUAUACUGUUCUUUAGUGGAUUUACGGGCAAUAGGUCCUCUGUUCACUUGGUGUAAUAAUCAGGAGAAUGGGCCUAUCUGCAAGAAGCUGGACAGAAUUCUUCACAGUGUGGCUUGGGAUAGUUUCUUCCCUAAUUCAUACUUUUUGAUGGAGGCUGGAGGCUGUUCUGAUCAUUUGAGGGGAAAGAUUUAUUUAGAUGCGGGGAAGCUGAAGCAGUUAAAGCCGCUAUUGAGAGAGUUAAGUUGUAACAAGCUGUCUGACAUUUCCCGUAGGGCUACUGCUGCUUAUGAGGAUCUUUGUGCUAAGAAGUUAGCUGUUCAUGCACAUCCAACGCUUCAUAACCUUGCAGAGGAGGCCUCUGCUAAUGCUCGCUGGGAGCACGUUGCUGGUUUGGAGGAGACAUUCUUGAAACAAAGAUCCAAAUUGCAUUGGUUGCAUGUGGGUGAUAAAAAUAAUCGGGCUUUCUAUAAUGCCAUCAAGGAGAGGCAAUCUCUGAACUUUAUCAAUGAGGUUAUUGAUCCUAGUGGUCGCUGUCUCACGACUAUGGAUGAUAUUAAAGCUGAGGGGGUGCGGUUCUUUUCGCAUUUGCUCACUCAUCAGCCACCUGCCUUCACAGGACUUUCUACAGAAACAUUGCAGGACCUGUUACCGGUUUGGUGUUCCCUGUCACAGCAGGACGCACUUCUCUUGGAGGUUUCGGGGGUGGAGGUGAAACAAGUUCUUUUUCGAUGCCAUCAAAUAAAUCUCCAGGUGGAGUUCUUCAAGAGUGCUUGGUCUGUACUUGGUCCUGAUCUUACAAAGGCUGUUCAGUCUUUUUUUCAGUUUGGUUUUCUGCCUAAAGGUGUGAACACUACAAUUCUUGCUCUCAUUCCCAAAACAACGACAUCAAAGGAAAUGAAGGACUAUCGCCCAAUUUCUUGUUGCAAUGUUCUUUAUAAGAUCAUUUCAAAGCUAUUGGCAAACCGUCUAAAAGCAAUCCUUCCUAAUUUUAUUGCACCAAACCAGUCUGCAUUUAUAAAGGAUAGGCUUUUGAUGGAGAAUAUCUUACUUGCAACGGAAAUUGUGAAGGAUUAUCACAAAGAGGGCAUCUCGCCUAAAUGUGCAAUGAAAAUUGACAUUUCAAAGGCAUUUGAUUCGGUGCAGUGGCCUUUUCUUCUCAAUGUCCUCACGGCGUUAAACCUCCCAACUAAGGCAGCUGCUGCACGACACUUUGGUUACCAUCCUCGUUGUAAAGGUCUGCAACUUACUCACCUCUGCUUUGCUGAUGAUAUUAUGGUGUUCUCGGAUGGUCGGGCCUCUUCUAUGGAAGGUAUACUCCACAUGUUUAAGGACUUUGCUGCAUACUCUAGUUUGUGUAUUAACUUGGAGAAGUCGACACUAUUCCUUGCCGGAGUUUCUAGUCGUUCACGGGAGGCGUUACUCACUCAGUUUCCUUUUGCUGCUGGCACCCUCCCAGUUCGUUACUUGGGUCUGCGUCUCCUUACGAAGAGAAUGACGAUUCAUGAUUGCCUCCCUCUUAUAGAACGAAUACGUUCUCACAUUGGUUCAUGGAAGCACCGUUUUCUCUCCUUUGCUGGGAGACUGCAGCUUCUGAGCUCGGUUAUUGCAAGCCUCACAAAAUUUUGGAUUUCUGCCUUUCGGUUACCGAGUGCUUGUGUUCAGGAGAUUGAGCGAAUCUGUGCAGCGUUUCUUUAG